CAAAUGAUGCGUUUUUUUCUUCUGAAAUUCGGAAAAUGUAUGAACGGAAAAUUAACCGAGCAGAUAAUGGGAAAAAAUAAAAACUUGUAUUAAUCUUAAUUUUAUUUUAAAUGGAAUGUGCAGGGAAAACAUAAAAAUGGUUUACCUAGACAGAAAUAUUUGACAAAUAGCUAUUAUUUUAUUUUUAUUUUUAUUUUUGUAAUUAUUUUUACAAAUAAAUAAAGAGUUUGACGCCAUUUAGAAAGGCAACGAAGGCAAAAGACUGUGAUAUUUUCAAAGAGUGAUAUAAUAUUCUUACAUGAUUAUGUGAAUAAAUACAUAGCUUGGAAUUAAAUACAAUGCUUCUAUUUGCUGUUCUAAGCAUAUAUUUGAAACUGACAGUAGCUGCAGUCACAUGUCCAAACGGGGAUACAGCCGGCAUUAUUAAAGAUGGUAUGACAUGUUCGGAACUUGUAGCAGACGACAAUGCCGAAUGCUAUGAUACCAGCAUAGAGGCUACAUGUUGUGCGUCAUGCAACGCUGUCGCAAGAAAUAACCAAAAUUGUCUGUAUGGUGAUAAAGCCGUUUGCUUUUCUUUCCUGUGUCCGACCUAUACAGACAUAAACACGUGCUGUGAGACAUGUGCCUCUAGUAUUACAACUCAGUCAACAACGUCGACGUCGACAGCCGCUUCAAUGACGUCAUCUUCCACGUCAGACGAAAAUACUGACGGCCAUUCAGACAGUAACGGCAGUUCUAAUGAUAAUGGUGUGAUAGCCGGGGCUGUUGUAGGAAGUAUUGCUGGGAUAACAUUUCUUGUUGUUGGUGCAUUUAUUGCCAUGAAAAUUCUUAAGAAAAAAGACAAUCAAAUAGGAGACGAUGCAAGUUCAGGAAUUCCAGAAAAAAUCGACAGGAAUUCUUCUGGGUAUAUCCCAGAGAAAGCGGACAUUUGUACUGUACUGCAAGAAAAGCUUGACACAAGCUGCGAUCUUAUAGAAAAACAACAACUUCCGGUCGAGAAAGGUCACGAUGAAGGUCAGUCAGAUGAUUUCGUGAAAACUUACAAUAAUGAUAAUAAUGAUGUAAAUAGAAUUAUACAAACAUCAACCAUUGAAAAGCCUAUUACAAAGGGUGUAUGUCCUAUGAAUGCAACAAACGGUGCUAAAAAUGGUGACGAUGUUGAUAUGAAACGAAAAUGUUUAUCUCCUUUGCAAGAGAGUAAUGUCGAAGCCACGCCCAUACAUGAUAUACUGCCACCUAUCGGAACUUCAGUAUCAUGCCGAUUCGCUUCGUAGCAAAUACCAAUCGUGUUGUAAAAAUCAUGGAACAGUAAACGGCAAACAAUUGUUCGGAAAAACUGACAAUGUACUAUCGAGGACUAAAAAAGCGAAUUAAGGGAUACAAGAAAGCUGGUACUUCUAAAAAGCCGACCUUCCUUUUUCUAUGUUUCAUUUAACUAGAAUGUGCAUAACAUGCGCAGUAACUGAGGAAAAGUUAAAAAAAUAUCAGAAUGGCUUUACACACUUGAUCGAAAUUCAGACAUUUUUGAUGUUGGAUAUAUUUCGCAUAAUGUACGUAGUUUUAAAAUGUACGCGGUGUCAUAAGUUCGCGACGCAACAGAAUCGCGAAUAAUACCGAAAAUUAAAACCUCACGAAAAUUACCGGGUUUACAGUAUCCAGCUUCUUCAUAAAAUAUCGUUUACCACUGUGAUCUUUUAUGCUAUAAUGAUAUAAUUAUCGGCGAAUCUUCGGUUUCCGACAUCAUUGUCUUUAAUGAGGGCUUGGUUGGAACUUUAAAAGGGACUCCAUGAAGGUCCAGAUGACCAGGAACAUAAAAUUUGGAUAACUUGCGUAGAUCAACUGAAGCACUUUAGGUGAAAAAAAAAAUAAAAAGAGCACAGAAGAGAAAAUCAGAAAUAUUCUCAGAUAUUGAAUCAUUUUUGUGAUUCUUAGCCCGAAUCAAUUUAAAAGCGUUUAAAAACUUAAUUUGGGCAAUUUUUUGACAAUUUAGAAUCAUUAUUCAGGAAAAAACGGACUGAGCGAAUGAUUGGAAAAUUUGCACAUAGGUUAAUAUUCCAGAAUUAUUACAUUUGGUUCAAAAAUACAAAUAUAGAUCUACUCAGUUCCUUCAAGUAAAUAAACCUUAUAAAUGUUAAAAUGACACGCAGACUGUUCAAGCUUUACUGCUGUAGCACAAGGAUUCUGAAGGGGACAUACAUGUCGAGCGGGCAUCUAAGAAAAACAAU